AUGGACAGCAAGCUGAAAGCAGUCAGAGCCGGUCACAAAAGUGCAGUAAAGAGACUUUUACGAAAAACGGAAGAUGAAUCAAGCUUGGACAAUGAAGAAAGUGCUGAACUUUUAGAAACAUUAAUUCAAAAACAGAAAACUAUAAGUGCAUUGGACGAAGAUAUUAUGAAUUCUUUGAAGGAGGAGGACAUCGAGGAGGAAAUUCUAAAUGCAGAUGAGUACAAAUUCUUUUUGAACACCAAAAUACGACAUUUACGGAAAACAUUCGCAAAAAAAGUAUGUACUGAUAAUGAUAUCCUACAGCAUGAUCACGCAAUAUCUUCUCACACUUUUGAAAACGUUAAUCAACACAGUUCUGUUCCGUACACAACACAAAUGUAUCCCGUCCAGCAACCUAGCAACCAAAAUCACCAUUUGCCGAAACUUACACUACCCAUGUUUAACGGAGAAAUUCUGACUUGGCAAACAUUUUGGGACUCUUUUGAAUCUUCCGUUCAUUACAAUGUAACACUCACAGACGUACAGAAAUUUAGUUAUUUAAAAUCCCAGCUUGGUAAUGAUGCUGCAAGAACUAUUGACGGGUUACCGCUCACAAACUCAAAUUACAUGGAAGCUAUUAAACUUUUAAAGGAGCGCUUCGGACAAUCGCAUAAGAUUACAAAUGCUUAUAUGCAAGCUAUGCUAGAACUUAGAGCACCACAAAAUAACCUACUCAGUCUACGUGUUUAUUACGACAAGUUAGAGGCUUAUAUAAGAGGUCUUGAAUCGUUAGGCCGUUCCGGAGAAUCGUAUGGUGCAUUACUUAUUCCGAUAAUACUGAACAAGCUUCCGUCAGAAAUACGACAACACUUAGCUCGUGAAAACGGUUCCGAUAAUUGGGAAUUGAUUGAUUUGAGACGUGGAAUUUUGAAAGAAAUCACUAUAAUUGAAGCUGGACAACGCUCUUCGUUUAUGGAUUCAAUGCAACCUACUGCAAUGACCGCAUCGUUUUUGACAAGCGCUGAUAGAAAAGGUACACCGAGUAAAGUAGUUACAUUCGAUAACCGAGAGAGACAAACACAAAAUAUACGACAAAAACCUUGCAUAUACUGCCAGAAUUUACAUGACCCUGCAAAAUGCCCAAAUGUUACAGAUCACGAUACACGCCUAUCAAUCGUAUCUGUAUCUGUAUCUGUAUGUUACACAGUGCAGGAUCCGAUCUCGGAUAUAUGCGCACUGGAAGGAGAGCGGGUUGGUUACUCCAACCGUUGGAGGGCAGCCGUGAAACCCUCAACUGUCUUUUGA